GACACAGACUCUGCCUUCGGCUGCCGGCGGAUCGGGCUGGAGCCGCCGCGGUUGCUGCGGAAGAAAAAAAAAAAAAAAAAAAAAAAAGGAAAACAACAGCCCAGCGGCCGGCAGAGCAGCACCCGGUCCCUGGCUCAGCCCCCGGAGUGCGGAGCCGCCCAGAUAUUUUGUGAGUGCCUACUAUGUGCCAGCCUGUGCCAGGCACUGGGGACACAGGUGGAAAAGUCCGAAUUGUUCCUUGCUUUCCUGGUGCUCAUCAUCCCAGAGAGUUAUGUCAUGCCCAGACCAGCAGAGGGCUCCAUGAGGAUUUAUAGAAGAUGCCCCGCCUCUCGGCGCCUUUGGUGCUGCUUCCAGCGUGGCUCGUGAUGGUGGCCUGCAGCCCGCACUCCCUGAGGAUCGCUGCUAUCUUGGACGACCCCAUGGAAUGCAGCAGAGGGGAGCGGCUCUCCAUCACCCUGGCCAAGAACCGCAUCAACCGCGCUCCUGAGAGGCUGGGCAAGGCCAAGGUCGAAGUGGACAUCUUUGAGCUUCUCAGAGACAGCGAGUACGAGACUGCAGAAACCAUGUGUCAGAUCCUCCCCAAGGGGGUGGUUGCUGUCCUGGGACCAUCAUCCAGCCCGGCCUCCAGCUCCAUCAUCAGCAACAUCUGUGGGGAGAAAGAGGUCCCUCAUUUCAAAGUGGCCCCAGAGGAAUUUGUCAAGUUCCAGUUCCAGAGAUUCACAACCCUGAACCUGCACCCCAGCAACACCGACAUCAGCGUGGCUGUAGCUGGGAUCCUGAAUUUCUUCAACUGCACCACCGCCUGCCUCAUCUGUGCCAAAGCAGAAUGCCUUUUAAACCUAGAGAAGCUGCUCCGGCAAUUCCUUAUCUCCAAGGACACACUCUCGGUCCGGAUGCUGGAUGACACCAGGGACCCCACCCCGCUCCUCAAGGAGAUCCGGGACGACAAGACAGCCACCAUCAUCAUCCAUGCCAAUGCCUCCAUGUCCCACACCAUCCUCCUGAAGGCAGCUGAACUAGGGAUGGUGUCAGCCUAUUACACAUACAUCUUCACUAAUCUGGAGUUCUCACUCCAGAGAAUGGACAGCCUUGUGGAUGAUCGUGUCAACAUCCUGGGAUUUUCCAUUUUCAACCAAUCCCAUGCUUUCUUCCAAGAGUUUGCCCAGAGCCUCAAUCAGUCCUGGCAGGAGAACUGUGACCACGUGCCCUUCACUGGGCCUGCGCUGUCCUCGGCCCUGCUAUUUGACGCCGUCUAUGCUGUGGUGUCAGCGGUCCAGGAACUGAAUCGGAGCCAGGAGAUCGGCGUGAAGCCCCUGUCCUGCGGCUCAGCCCAGAUCUGGCAGCAUGGCACCAGCCUCAUGAACUACCUGCGCAUGGUAGAAUUGGAAGGUCUCACCGGCCACAUUGAAUUCAACAGCAAAGGCCAGAGGUCCAACUACGCCCUGAAAAUCUUACAGUUCACAAGGAAUGGCUUUCGACAGAUUGGCCAGUGGCACGUGGCGGAGGGCCUCAGCAUGGACAGCCGCCUCUACGCCUCCAACAGCUCGGACAGUCUCUUCAACACCACCCUGGUUGUCACCACCAUCCUGGAAAACCCAUAUUUAAUGCUGAAGGGGAACCACCAGGAGAUGGAAGGCAAUGACCGCUACGAGGGCUUCUGCGUGGACAUGCUCAAGGAGCUGGCGGAGAUCCUGCGCUUCAACUACAAGAUCCGCCUGGUGGGUGACGGCGUGUAUGGCGUUCCCGAGGCCAACGGCACCUGGACCGGAAUGGUGGGGGAACUGAUUGCUAGGAAAGCAGAUCUGGCUGUGGCAGGCCUCACCAUCACAGCCGAACGUGAGAAGGUGAUUGAUUUCUCUAAGCCAUUCAUGACGCUGGGAAUUAGCAUUCUUUACCGAGUUCAUAUGGGACGCAGACCCGGCUAUUUCUCCUUCCUGGACCCCUUUUCUCCCGGUGUCUGGCUCUUCAUGCUCCUAGCCUAUCUGGCUGUCAGCUGUGUCCUCUUCCUCGUGGCUCGGUUGACGCCCUACGAGUGGUACAGCCCACACCCGUGUGCCCAGGGCCGGUGCAACCUCCUGGUGAACCAGUACUCCCUUGGCAACAGCCUCUGGUUUCCGGUUGGGGGCUUCAUGCAGCAGGGCUCCACCAUUGCCCCUCGCGCCUUAUCCACCCGCUGUGUUAGUGGAGUCUGGUGGGCAUUCACGCUGAUCAUCAUCUCAUCCUACACGGCCAACCUGGCAGCCUUCCUGACUGUGCAGCGCAUGGAUGUGCCCAUUGAGUCAGUGGAUGACCUGGCUGACCAGACCGCCAUUGAGUAUGGCACAAUUCACGGAGGCUCCAGCAUGACUUUCUUCCAAAAUUCCCGCUACCAGACCUACCAACGCAUGUGGAAUUACAUGUACUCCAAGCAGCCAAGUGUGUUCGUGAAGAGUACAGAGGAGGGAAUCGCCAGGGUGUUGAAUUCCAACUAUGCCUUCCUGUUGGAGUCCACCAUGAAUGAGUACUAUCGGCAGCGAAACUGCAACCUCACUCAGAUCGGGGGCCUGCUGGACACCAAGGGCUAUGGGAUUGGCAUGCCAGUCGGCUCGGUUUUCCGGGACGAGUUUGAUCUGGCCAUUCUCCAGCUGCAGGAAAACAACCGCCUGGAAAUCCUGAAGCGCAAGUGGUGGGAAGGGGGGAAGUGCCCCAAAGAGGAAGAUCACAGAGCUAAAGGCCUGGGAAUGGAGAAUAUUGGUGGAAUCUUCGUGGUUCUUAUUUGUGGCUUAAUUGUGGCCAUUUUUAUGGCUAUGUUGGAGUUUUUAUGGACUCUCAGACACUCAGAAGCAACCGAGGUGUCCGUCUGCCAGGAGAUGGUGACCGAGCUGCGAAGCAUCAUCCUGUGUCAGGACAGUAUCCACCCCCGCCGGCGGCGAGCUGGGGUCCCACAGCCCCGGCCCCCCAUCCCGGAGGAGCGCCGGCCCAGGGGCACCGCGACGCUCAGCAAUGGCAAGCUGUGCGGGGCUGGGGAGCCCGACCAGCUGGCACAGAGACUAGCCCAGGAGGCCGCCCUGGUGGCCCGCGGCUGCACACACAUCCGCGUCUGCCCCGAGUGCCGCCGCUUCCAAGGCCUGCGGGCGCGGCCGUCGCCUGCGCGCAGCGAGGAGAGCCUGGAGUGGGAGAAGACCACCAACAGCAGCGAGCCCGAGUAGCCCCAGCGGCCGCAGGACAAGGAGCCAGGAGAGGAGGCGGGAGGGCUGGGCAGGAGCUGCUGUCCGCCGCGAGCCUGGACUUGUACGGCGUCAAUACUUCUCUCCGGAUUGGGGAUCCAGUCACUUUACAAAACGGUCAAAGAGCCUGUCGCCCCAGCCAGACACAGACAGCGCCUGGUCGGGAGCGGUCCACCCAGAGACAUUACACCCAAGUGGCAAAGGAAUGCGCUCCCUGGUGGGCACAAGGACCCACCUUCCCCCAGUGGGUCUUUCUCUCCUGCCCAAACAACAUAGAGUCUGGGGUGGGGGACCUUGCCUGGACCAGUCCAACGAAUUGAUGAAAUCAUCAGUUGAAUUUCCCCCUAAGAAGGGGCCAUUGUACCCUGGGUCUAAUUCUUACAGAAAACAAAAACAGAAACAAAAAUUAAACUCAACAGGGAAGAUUUUUUUUCUUCUGAAUUUGUAUAUUUUUGUUAAUGCUCCUUUCCUCCCUCCUUUUCUUUUGUCGUCUUUUCAAUUCUGUUCAUUUGCUUUGUGUUGUUUGGAGGGGGAGGCUGGUUAGGAAAUGGAAGUCUAAUCAUCCCUUUUCCCUUUUCCUGGAUUUUAGGAUAUGAAGUUGCCAGUGCAUCAGAUUUCCUUCCGGUGCUGAACUCCCAGUCCUUGUGGGGGUUGGGGCCCUAAAGGAGUGUGGGAGAAGGAUCUGAAGAAGAACCAGGGGGUCAAGUCUCCACUGAAAGUCCAUUAAAGCAGUUUUUUAAAUGCCAAAAAGCAAUUAACCCAUAGUUCACUCGGAGAGACCUUAAAAUGCCUGGGAUUUCAAGGGUUAAUCUGUUUUUUCUUUAUCUUUAUUUUCCUGACUUUUGCUAUUAUUGUGUUGGGUUUGGUCUUUUGGGAAUGUGGUGUCUAAAGACAGAUAGGGGAGGAAAACAGAGUGCGUAGUGUCCUGGGGCCUUGUGAAAGGAGCAGAGAGGGUAGAUGUAAUUUUCCCAUACCAUGGCCUUGGCUUCUAUUGUAGUGCGCUACUUACAGAGGAGGAAGGACAGACUGCCCUGUUGGUAUGGUGCAUACUUUAUCAUAACUGCAUCUCUUUUUAACCAAACUCAGUAGCUGCCUAUGAUGCCCCAUCCCCAAGGCUAUGAAGGAUUUGGUGAUUUCUUGUUACUAGAUUUGAAACCUGAGUGCAAGUGUGUGUGUGUGUGUGUGUUGUGUGUGUGCGCACGUGCGCGUGCGUGUGCACGCCCACACUUAUUAAAUGGAAAGACCUUAAGCAAUCAAGAAUUUACUGGGUUCCUGAGAAAGGUAUGGAGUUUCUUAGGCAAUCACAGACUGGGAACCUCAAAUUCUUGAAUCCUAACCUCAGCUUGGGCAGUAGCCUCCCUUGUGUGACUUUAAGCAAAGUACUUAACUUCUCUUGCAUCCACAGAAUAAGAUUAUUGAUGCCUUCCUGGUUACGAGGUGACUGCUAGUCAGUGCUCCACUUGGGAGAAGUUUGCGGGGUCCAGAGCACACCUGUGAUGGGAGGAGUGAGGCCUCCCAGCAGCUGCUUGACCUUGGCUUGGCGUCACCAAUUGGGAGUUUCGUGCAGAGAAUUGUCAUUUUCUGAUGGAAAACAAAUUCUAUGCAAUUUCUGAUUGUAAACUUAGAAAAUUCAGAGGGAGAGAGAAAUAAACAGUUGCUACCACCACCUCCACCUCCACCACCGCUGCCACCUUGAAUCAAGUUGUCCUCACGUUGCUUCUGUUCUGAAUGUACUAAAAUAAAGACGUUUUUGGAGAUGA